AUGGACUCGGUCGCAUUCGACAUCAACGAUGCUCUCAAGCAUUACAUGAGUGAUCCCGCCAGCAUCCCGACGCCCGAGGCAGAUGGCUCCCUCUUCGACUACGAAAAUGACCCCGAAGGUCUUACCGCCGCCGUCGUCAACCCGGUCCUCAACCCCAUCGUUGACGCCGUCGCCGAGAACCCCGAGGCCAUCACCCGCAGCGCCCAUCUCGACUCGCUGCAAUUCCUUCUAAAGUAUACCGCCUUCCUGCCGACGCAUGCCCUCAGCAAGAUCUUCGACCUCGUCAUGUCCGGCCUCGCCGCCGAGGGCGAUGCCAUAAACCACGACCUCGAGUCCCCCGACGAACAGGAGACCCUCGCUCACCACAAGCAGCUUCUUGAGAUCUACGGCUUCCUUUUGCAAUGGACCAUCGCCGCCGCCGAGACCAAGGCCGCCGAAAAAUCAUCAACAGCGCCCGUCGCCAGAGGCCGCGGGAAGCCCAAGAAGAAUGCGCCAAAGCAGGACGGCGUCUGGGACUCGGCAACACAGCUGCAGUCCGCUCUCGACAUCAUGAGCAAGGUCCUCAAGCUGAAGCUAUCCAAGAUCUUCCUGACCACCUCGGAAAGAGACACCUUUAUCGGCCUGCUGACCCGCCCCGUCUACAUGAUCCUCGAGAGCGAGCAGCGCGUCAAGAGCACAUCCAUCCGCAUGCACGCCUUCAAGGUGCUCUGCAUUGCCGUGAAGCACCAUGGCCACGCCUAUGCGGCGCAGAUUUCCAUUGUCCAAAACUUAACCUAUUUUGAGCACCUUUCCGAGCCCAUGGCCGAGUUCCUCUACAUUCUGGCAGAGACCUAUGACUACCCCCAGCUGGCCGACGAAAUCCUGCGCGAGCUCAGUAACAAGGAGUUCAACACAAACGACACAAAGGGCCCCAAAUCCGUCUCCCAGUUCGUUGUCAAGCUCUCUGAGCUGGCCCCCAGACUCGUCAUCAAACAAAUGACCAUGCUCGCGAAGCAGCUAGACAGCGAGUCUUACACACUGCGCUGCGCCCUCAUCGAGGUCUGCGGAAACAUGAUUGCCCACCUGGUCAAGCAGGACGAGCGUGGUGAGAACCACAAGUCUCAACUCAACGCCUUCUUCGACGUGUUGGAGGAGCGAUUCCUCGACAUAAACCCCUACUGCCGAUGCAGAGCCAUUCAGGUCUACGUCAAGCUGUGCGACCUCGAGCAAAAGUUCCCCAAGCGACGCCAACGCGCUGCCGAAAUGGCCUGCAGAAGUCUCGAGGACAAGAGCAGCCACGUCAGGAGGAAUGCCAUCAAGCUUCUUGGCGCUCUGAUCAAGACACAUCCAUUUACCGUCAUGCACGGCGCCCAGCUUUCUCGCAAAGACUGGCAAGCGCGUCUUGACAAGGUUGACGAAGAGCUCAACGCAUUGCAGCCUCCCGAGGGAGCCCCUGGUCUUGGCGAAGGAGCCAACACCACCAAGCCCAUGACCGACGAGCAAAAGUUCGAGGCGGUUCGUAAGGCGCGGGAGGAGGCUGCCACGUCCGAGGCCAUCGAGAAGCUCACUCUCACCAAACGAUACUACUCCGAGGCCUUGAAGUUCAUUGACGUCCUCCACGAGGCCACCGGCACCGUCUGCCAGCUGCUUGGCUCCCGCAACAAGAGUGAAGUCAUCGAGGCCAUGGACUACUUUGAGAUUGGCGAUGCAUACAACAUUGAGCAAAACAAGGUCGGCAUCCGCCGUAUGCUGCGUUUGAUCUGGACCAAGGGCAACAGCGACGAGGGCAAGGGCGUCCAGAGCCAUCUCAUCGAUGUCUACAAGCGUCUGUUCUUUGAGGCCCCCGACUCUUUCAGCUCGAACGAUGCGGCCAACUUCAUCGCCCGCAACAUGAUCAGUCUGACCUUUGGUGCCACCCCGGCCGAGUUGACGUCGCUGGAGCAGUUGCUCAGCACCAUGAUGAAGCAGGGCUUGAUUCCCGAAGUUGUCAUUGCCAAGCUCUGGCAGGUGUACGGCGUACAAAAGCGCGAGAUCUCCAGGACGCAACGUCGUGGUGCCAUCAUCGUGCUGGGCAUGCUCGCGACUGCCAACCCCGAGAUCGUGGUUGGGGAGAUGGAGACUAUGCUGCGGACUGGCUUGGGCUCUCACGGCCGUGCCGAUCUCCAGCUGGCCAAGUACACCUGCAUUGCUCUUCGCCGGAUCAACCCCACCGGCCGACAAGCAAAAGAAUCUGCCGUCAAGUUCUCCAGGCUGCCAAACGACCAUGCUGUUCUGUCCAAGCUGGCCUCCAUCACCGAGGUUCCGUCCGAAAGCAAGGAGUGGUAUGGUGUCGCUGAGCAGGCCAUCAAUGCCAUCUACGCCAUUUCCAAGCACCCUGACACCCUCUGCUCCGACAUCAUCCGCCACAAGACCAAGCAAGUUUUUGCUGCUCCUCAGUCGCGAGCAAGCUCUCAGCCUAGCUCGCAGCCAAGCUCCAGGCCAGCGUCGCGAGAUGAGAGUCAGUCUGUGCAGACGGACGAGGACGGAAACGAGACGAUCGUUCCCCCUGCGUCGCAGCCGAAGAAGCGCGACGCCGCCAUCGGUCUGUCCCAGCUUUUGUUUAUCGUCGGCCACGUUGCUAUCAAGCAAAUUGUGCACCUGGAACUCUGCGAACAAGACUUCAAGCGCCGUAAGCAGGAGCAGGAGAAGGAGAAGACCGCCGACAAGUCGACGGCCCAGGCAGGCAAGAAGGACGAGCCCGAUGACCUGGACCUCAUUGGCGGCACGACCGAGGACGACUUCACCGAGGCCAUGGCCCACAUUCGUGAGCGAGAGCUUUUGUUCGGCCCCGAGUCUCUGCUGGCACAGUUCGGACCUCUGGUGUCGGAAAUUUGCGCCAACAACACCACGUAUGCCGACAAGGGGCUGCAGGCUGCUGCCACUCUCUGCCUCGCCAAGCUCAUGUGCGUCAGCUCCGAGUACUGCGAGGCCAACCUGCCGCUGCUCAUCACCAUCAUGGAGCGCUCGACCGAUGCCACCGUCCGCUCGAACGCCGUCAUCGCUCUUGGUGACAUGGCCGUGUGCUUCAACCACCUCAUCGACGAAAACACGGACUUCUUGUACCGCCGUCUGGCUGACAAGGACCAGUCUGUCAAGCGUACUUGCUUGAUGACGCUGACCUUCCUCAUUCUCGCCGGUCAGGUCAAGGUUAAGGGUCAGCUGGGUGAGAUGGCCAAGUGCCUCGAGGAUGAGGACCGCCGCAUCGCCGACCUGGCAAGGAUGUUCUUCACCGAGCUCAGCACCAAGGACAAUGCCGUCUACAACCACUUUGUCGACAUGUUCAGCUUGCUGUCCGCCGAGAAGAACCUGGAGGAGGAGAGCUUCCGCAGGAUCAUCCGGUUCCUCCUGGGCUUCGUCGAGAAGGACAAGCACGCCAAGCAGCUGGCCGACAAGCUCGCGGCCAGGCUCACCCGCUGCGAGACGGAGCGCCAGUGGAACGACGUUGCUUUCGCCCUGGGACUGCUGCAGCACAAGAACGAGGAGAUCACCAAGACCGUCUCCGAGGGCUUCAGAGUCGUCCAGCUCCAGGCGUGA